AUGCGCCGCCAGCGUGUCCUCCGCCGUCUUCUCGUCAAGUACCGUGCCAGCGGAAAGAUCGACAAGCACCUUUACCACGAGCUCUACCACCUUAGCAAGGGUAACACCUUCAAGCACAAGCGUGCCCUUGUCGAGCACAUCCACCGUGCCAAGGCCGAGAAGCAGCGCGAGAGGCUGCUCAAGGACGAGAUGGAUGCCAAGCGUGCCAGGACCAAGGCUGCUCGCGAGCGCAAGCUGGAGAGGGCGGCGGCGAAGAAGAGUGCUCUGCUAGAGGAGGCCGAAGAGUAA